AGCAGGAAGGGCAGAGCUAAGGCGGGCGGGCUGGCGGGCGCGCGGGGCGGGCGGUGCAGUGGCGGCCCUACCAUGUCGGCGCACCAGCGAGGCACGGAGCUCGACCUUAGCUGGAUCUCCAAAAUACAAGUGAAUCAGCCGGCAGUUCUGAGGCGUGCAGAACAAAUCCAGGCCCGCAGACCCGUGAAAAAGGAGUGGCAAGCUGCUUGGCUCCUGAAAGCUGUUACCUUUAUAGAUCUUACUACACUUUCAGGCGAUGACACACCUUCCAACAUUCAAAGACUCUGUUAUAAAGCCAAGUAUCCAAUCCGGGAAGAUCUCUUAAAAGCUUUAAAUAUGCACGAUAAAGGCAUUACUACAGCUGCCGUUUGUGUUUAUCCUGCCCGGGUAUGUGAUGCAGUGAAAGCACUAAAGGCUGCAGGCUGUGAUAUCCCAGUGGCAUCAGUGGCCACUGGCUUUCCAGCUGGGCAGACUCAUUUAAAAACACGAUUAGAAGAGAUCAGAUUGGCUGUGGAAGAUGGAGCUUCAGAAAUUGACGUGGUAAUUAACAGAACCUUGGUGCUCACAGGCCAGUGGGAAGCCCUGUAUGAUGAGAUUCGUCAGUUUCGCAAGGCCUGUGGGGAGGCUCGUCUCAAAACCAUCUUAGCAACAGGAGAACUUGGAUCUCUUACGAACGUCUAUAAAGCCAGUAUGAUAGCCAUGAUGGCAGAGAAUCUAGUCACAAGGGUAAGAACUUGGUUUUGUGUCAUGAUCUGUUCCCAGCAUGUAGAACGGCAUCCAGCACAUAGAUCAGAUUUUAUUAAGACCUCUACUGGAAAAGAAACAGUAAAUGCCACCUUCCCAGUAGCUAUAGUCAUGCUACGGGCCAUUAGGGAUUUCUUCUGGAAAACUGGAAACAAGGUAGGCUUUAAGCCGGCAGGAGGCAUCCGCAGCGCGAAGGACUCCCUUGCAUGGCUCUCUCUCAUAAAGGAGGAGCUAGGGGAUGAGUGGCUGAAGCCAGAACUCUUUCGAAUAGGUGCCAGCACUCUGCUCGCGGACAUCGAGAGGCAGAUUUACCAUCACGUGACUGGAAGAUAUGCAGCUUAUCAUGACCUUCCCAUGUCUUAAAUCAGCGACGAAUUCCAGAAAAGUCCUUUACUAUUUUUCUGCGUGAUUGCUAAAACUAUUUCAUUAAAAAAAUGAGGGAAUAGGUAACUGACUUUUUUCCCUUAAAAUUUCCAUUGAAUUUAACUCAAAGAAUGGAAGGGAAAAGCCAGGUACACACGUGGUGUGUACAUACAUGGUCCCUGUUUCAGGCAUGUCUGAAAUGGUCUUGAUUACUAGAAGAUCUCCACUGUUAAUUUUGUGAAGGUGUUCUCUUAAGAACUCUGAGUAAAUUGUUAAUGAUAGCUUUGACAACAUUAAAUUCUAAGGAAGCAAGAGGUUGACUUGCCCAAGAACCAUGCUGUAGCAAAAGAAAAUGCAGCACCCCUGAACCACUCUCGUUUUCUCACUGACUUCAAGAUUCACUUACUCGGCACUAAUUUCCUGCCCUGAAAAUCCGUCUUUAAUUUUUGCAGCAGCUACGCCCUUCUACUAAUUGUUUUGCUAAUGAAAUUUCUGUCAUUGUUAUGUGAAACUAUGGAUAUCAUUGAAGUUUUUAAUUAAAAAAAUUCCUGUA